GAGAGAGUGGGUUUUGAGAGUCAGGAAGUGUUUUUAUCCGCGAAGGAGUUCUUUAAAGGAAAUAUAUUUAACUGUUCUUUAACUUCACCCCGUGUGAGAUACCAGCGGGGAGCCAUUGUUGGCAGAACUUUUAGUGAAGGGCAAUCUCCGAGCUGGAUCAAUCCAGAAGACGCUCUCUGACCAUGUCUAAUCUAAUACCGACGACCAAAAAAGACGAAAAGGGCCGAAACAUCCAAGUGGUUGUGAGAUGCAGGCCUUUCAAUGCAGUGGAGCGGAAGUCUAACGCGUAUGGAGUGGUGGACUGUGACUCAAACAGGAAAGAGGUGACGGUCCGUACCGGGAGCGCCAAUGACAAGACCGCCAAGAAAAUGUACACCUUUGACAUGGUGUUCGGUCCGUCUGCAAAGCAGAUAGACGUGUACAGGAGUGUGGUGUACCCCAUAUUGGAUGAAGUCAUUAUGGGAUAUAACUGCACCAUCUUUGCCUAUGGGCAAACGGGCACAGGGAAAACCUUUACGAUGGAGGGCGAGAGGUCACCUAAUGAGGAAUUCACCUGGGAGGAGGAUCCUCUGGCUGGCGUCAUCCCUCGUACUCUUCACCAGAUCUUUGAGAAGCUGACCAGUAACGGCACAGAGUUCUCAGUGAAGGUUUCCCUGCUGGAGAUCUAUAACGAAGAGCUGUUUGACCUGCUCAGCCCCUCAGCCGAUGUCAGCGAGAGGCUGCAGCUGUUUGACGACCCCAGGAACAAGAGAGGUGUUAUUGUUAAGGGACUGGAGGAGAUAACUGUACAUAACAAGAAUGAGGUCUAUCAGAUACUCGAGAGAGGAGCAGCGAAGAGGAAGACUGCAUCCACAUUGAUGAACGCGUACUCCAGUCGUUCCCACUCCGUGUUCUCAGUCACCAUUCACAUGAAGGAAAUGACGAUGGAAGGAGAGGAACUGGUGAAGAUCGGAAAACUGAACCUGGUGGAUCUUGCGGGCAGCGAGAACAUCGGCCGUUCCGGAGCAGUGGACAAGCGUGCACGUGAGGCAGGAAACAUCAACCAGUCACUGCUGACGCUGGGCCGCGUGAUCACGGCUCUGGUAGAACGCGGGCCUCACGUGCCCUACCGCGAGUCCAAACUCACCCGUAUCCUCCAGGACUCGCUGGGUGGACGCACCAAGACCUCAAUCAUUGCCACUGUCUCUCCAGCUUCAAACAACUUGGAGGAGACUCUGAGUACACUGGAUUACGCAAACAGGGCAAAGAGCAUCAUGAACAAGCCUGAAGUGAACCAGAAACUCACCAAGAGAACCCUAAUCAAGGAAUACACCGAGGAGAUUGAGCGUUUGAAGCGGGACUUGGCCGCCACCCGUGAGAAGCACGGCGUGUAUCUCUCGGCUGAGAACUACGAGAGUAUGAACAGUAAACUGAUGAGUCAGGAAGAACAGAUCAUAGAAUACACGGAGAGGAUUGCGGCGGCGGAGGAGGAACUCAAGCGGGUGAUGGAGCUGUUCACGGACAGUAAACAGAAGCUGGAACAGUACAGCGAGGACCUGCAGGACAAGGGCCAGCAACUGGUGGAGGCUCACAAGGACCUGCAGGAGACCAAGCAGAAGCUCACACAGGAGGUGUUCAUCACCACGCAGCUGCAGACCACCGAGAGCCAGCUGUACAACGCUGCAGGACAGCUGCUGAGUACGGCGGAGGUGAGCACGUCGGACGUGGGAGGCCUCCACGCUAAACUGCAGCGGGUGAAGGCCGUGGAGCAGCACAACACCGCAGCGCAGAGUAACUUCGCCCAGAGCAUGGAGCAGAACUGCAGCAGCAUGCAAAGCGCAUUGCAGGAGCACAGCCUCAAACACGCUGCCAUGCUAGAUCACUACCGCCAUGCCACGGCGGAGCUGCUGGGAGGAACGGGACGUGUGUUUGAGGAAGCUGUGGGCUCCGUCCUGCGUUCCUACAGUGCUGUCCGGGAGGCGGUGGAGGAAGGAGUGGACGGCUGUAAGGCCAAGCUGCUGCUGCAAGAAGAGCUCACAAAAGAGAGCCGAGACGCCAUGCUUCAAAUGCUGGAGGAGCAUAAGCUUCAUCUAGAAGAAGUUCUAAUUGCAAAAGCGAUGCCCGCUAUCGGCUCAAUUAUGGCUGUAAACGAAGGCUUGAAACAGACGCUGCAGAGAUAUAACGUGCUGGACGGACAGAUGGUGGGGAUGAAGGCAGAGAUGACUGCAUUUUUCAGUGGCCACAUGGCGGUGCUGGCGAGCAUGAGGGAAACUGCUGUGCAGGGCUUCACGUCCCUCCAGGCUGAACACCACAAACUGAAAGGGCAGAUGGACCAGGCCAACCGCCAACACAAAACGCGUGUAGCACAGCUCCUUCAGUGUGUCCAGGAUCAGAUGAACCUCCUGGCCCUGGACACACAGUCUGACUUUAAGGAGCUUCAGGAGGCAUCCGAUGCUCAGGGAGCUCUGCUGGAGACUCUGAAAAACACAGUGCAGAGCCAAUGCACCGAGGCCGAACAGGAGAGCUCGUCAGUCGGCGCUCGUCUGAGUUCCUGUACAGAUGGAGUGAUGAAGGAGAUGAGUGGAGUGGCGGAGGAGGGACGCAUGACGUUGGAGGAGGGUGCCGGUUACUGCAGCCUCCUGCAGAGCUCUCUGGAAUCAUUGGCUGAGUCGAGCCUCCAGUGGUGUCAUGCGGCCAGAGACCUGACCGAGAGACGCGCCAAGGAACAGCUGACCCUCGCCGAGGAGAACAAGGCCACAGUGCACAAGCUUCUGAAGCAUGUAGAGGAGCGAGGUCAGGCCGCGGUAGAGGAGUGUCGAACUCGCCUCGCUCCAGUGCAGCAGGAAAUGGAAGUGCUCCUGAAGAGAGUGGAGGUGCAGACAGGUGAAGACCAGGCCGUCCUGCAGCAGCACAGAGAAGAGCUCUCGACCCUCGCCGCACAGGCCCUAGAUACGGUCAACCACUUCCUCAGUAAUGAACUCCAACAGGAUCUGCCUACCGGUACCACGCCUAAGCGUAAGGAGUACAUGUACCCACGUGUGCUGGUGCCAUUGAGGAGCAGAACAGAGCUGGAGGAGGAGUUUAGGGCUCAGCAAGAGGAGCUAAUGAGUGUGCUCGGUCAGUGCGAAGUCCUCAUGGAGGGAGAGGAGGAGGAGAAACCUGUAGACCAGGACUCUCUGGAGGAUGACGUUUGCAGCUCAAGUGACAGCAACUCGACCCAGCAGUCUAUGUCGGAUGAGAAUCUGAUGUGCUACGAGGAGGGAAGGGUUCCCUUCUUUAAGAAAAAGUCCAAAAAAGAAAACUUCAGCAGCAAGUCCCUGAACCGCUCAAAAGUAGCCGAAAAUGAGACCUCAGUGACGCCACCUCGAUCCAGAUUACCGCUCAGGACCCAAAAUCAGUGAUGACUCCAUUUCCUUUUCUUUACCCACUUACCUGUAGAGACGUUUAAAUACUUCUAUUGCAUCCGCAUUUCAAUCAGUCUUUAUUUUUCGACAUGUAUUUAAAUAUUUUUUAAUACGUUUGUACGUCUUUAUCCUCAGUCACUGUUUUAAAUGUUGAGUGUUAAGUUCAAGGUGUAGUGUACCGUUCAUUUGUUUGUUUGGUUUUUUCUUUAUUUUUUUUUUUCUCUCCACUUUGUUGAAAUGGGUAUUUGUGUUCGUAUUGUCAUCUUCAAUUUUUGAAAGUUAAGUACGCUGAUUUAAGGGCUGUUUUUAAAAUAUAAUGGCUGACUUUAAACUAAUAAAGCAUAAGAUUCUCAAGA